UAUGAAGAAGUGGAGGGGAUUGUCUGUAACAAUCCUAUCAAAAUAAGAUAUUAAUUGGCAGGAUGAUUACUUGCAAUAUAUUCAUGACUAACCCAGCUGCAACACUGACUUUGCAGAAAUGAGAAGAAAGAAAAAAAAUAUCUAACAUUCCCACUUCCUCUUGGGGUGGCAUUAAAAAGAAUGCUCGCACAUGAAUGCACUCGUAUUCAUGCAGGUCUUGAAUCAAAUAACCAUGUAAACACUUGACAGGUUGCAUCAAUAGAAAACAUAAUGUAUCUAAUCAGGAGUGUUUUUCUCUGCUAUGAUAAAGACUGUGGAAGGACGACUGGUACCUUAAGGUGAAAGCUGACUGUGGGACUGUGAUUCCGGUUCAAGGUAGGAAGAGCCAUGCUUUGUGAAGGCAGACUGUUGAGCAUGACCUAUGGUGAACUGGAGGAGCUGGACCCGCUCCCUCCUCAAAGAACUCCCCAGACUGCUUAUGGGCUGCCGAGAGCAGCUGCUACCGUGGUGCCAGGCUCUGUCAGACACACUCCACUCGUUCAUCACAAUUCCCCCGAGCUGACAGGUUGCACGGACAACGGGAGUGAUUCGGAGGAUUUGUACAUUUCACCUCUGCAGUCCUUUGAUUUCCACGGAGCCCAGCCGGGCAGACAGAUCUCUCCAGAGAUAGAGAUCCCAGCUCAGGCUGGCUCAGUUGGUGAAGCCCCCUUCUUGGUUCCUUCCUUCUGUCAGAGCAUCUGCCAAAAUUACAGCGACCUCCAUAUCGGAGGCGACCAGGUGCUUCCUCUUUCAACCAAUGAUGGUGGGCUCCAGGUCUGUACUGAGAACCAGGCUGCCGGCCCUUUCCUCCAGUCCUGUGAUGUCCCCCCAGCAGUGGAGGACUCUCCCCCAGGACGGGCAUCUCAGGGCGGACUUAUGCAUCCACAGAGAGGAAGUUCAAAUCGCUGGAGACUGGGGAGUACCCGUGAUCGGAGUUUUUUGCUCCAGGGGCGGGAAGGUCCAUUCUCCAACUCUCUUCUAAAUCAUUAUCUGGAGCAGAAACUCUUGGAUUUGUACCAGCAAUACAUGAUGGAGAACAUGGUCAGGGAAGGCGCCCCUGGUUCAGACUCUAACCAAGGCCCCAUCUGCCCUCUGCUGGGAUCAGAGCUGGUCCUGACCAGCCUGGACCAGAUCACUUUGCAGCUGAGUCGAGAAGGGAACCUGGAGGCCGGCCUGGCAAAGGACAUGGUCCUCAGCUGCCUGCUGCGGGUGGCUGGUGACAUGCAGUCAAGUGAGAUCAGCACUCCCUUUCUGCAGAUUUCAAACGAGGCAUCCAGGGAGCAGCCCACAGAGAAUAAAGAGAAGUAACCCUGGUGUCAAGGAACUUACUCAUUCAGUUCUCCCUUUCAUUUUAGUUUUAUCACCAAAAAAUAAAAUGAAACACAGGACUGCAUUCAGUUUUUUUUUAAUUCAUACUCUGGUCAGAGUUUAAUGCUUAUUCUGUACGUGAUUAAUAAUUACCAAAAGAUUCUUCUGUAUUCAUGUAUUGUUAUUUUAAAAUGCAAUAAUGAAAAUGGUGUGUGUCUAUGUGGUGUGUAGUUUUCAGUUUUUGACGGACAAUAAAGACAGGAACUGAAAACUGAAACUCAUCUUUCCUGUUCGUCUUUUUUUUUUCAUUUCAUAACAGAACUAAUUGUUCCUACUUUUUUUCUCACUGACCAUUUCUUCUAGUAAUGAUCAACAAUGUCUAUGUCUGAUUAUCAUUUCUUUAUCUAACAUAAAUGCGUGGCAUCUUGACAUUUAAGAAACCAAAUAAAUAAUAUGUAACAACA